AUCAACGAGACAGGACACACUUUGACUCAUCAGGCUGGAGUUCUUAUCUUCAGCUAAUUAAAUUAUUUCUGGUAAAGCACUCAUGGGGUUAAUCUGCUGCAAUAUAAAUCUCCAACUAAGUAAAUAAUGGAGAGAGAGUGAGAGAACGAUGAGCCACCGACUGUAGGAAAGUAUCAAAGUGGAGGCUGCUGUUGACCGUCUCUGAGAAACGCCUGCGACAUCUCUGCCGGCUGAUCCAGGGAACUGAAGGAGGCCUGUCGCCAAGGGGACCGUCGCCAUGGCCGACUGGAACCUGCUAGGGAAGCUGCUGGAGGCCGCUCAGACACACUCCACCGUGGUGGGCAAGGUGUGGCUCACCGUGCUCUUCAUCUUCCGCAUCCUGGUUUUGAGCACGGCCGCCGAGAAGGUUUGGGGCGAUGAGUCGUCGGGCUUCACCUGCGACACCAAGCAGCCUGGCUGUCAGAACGUCUGCUACGACCGCACCUUCCCCAUCUCCCACAUCCGCUUCUGGGUGCUGCAGAUCAUCUUCGUGUCCACGCCCACGCUCAUCUACCUGGGCCACAUCCUGCACCUGGUGCGCAUGGAGGAGAAGCAGACGCAGAAGGAGAAGGACCGCGAGGAGGAGCACGCGCUGCACAGCGAGAAGCAGGAGCUGCUGGCGGCCAAGGAGGAGGAGGAGGAGGAGGAGGAGGAGGAGGAGGAGGGCAAGGCCAAGAAGGCGCCGGUGAAGGACGGCCAGGGCCGGGUGCGUCUACAGGGGGAGCUGCUGCGGACGUACGUCUUCAACGUCAUCUUCAAGACGCUGUUCGAGGUGGGCUUCCUCGUGGCGCAGUACAUGCUGUACGGCUUCCAGCUGAAGGCCAUGUACACCUGCGACCGCUGGCCCUGCCCCAACACGGUCAACUGCUACAUCUCGCGGCCCACCGAGAAGACCAUCUUCAUCCUGUUCAUGCUGGUGGUGGCCUGCGUGUCGCUGCUGCUCAACCUGGUGGAGAUCUGCCACCUGGGCUUCACCAAGUUCCGAAAGGGCCUAUGCUUCCGCCGCCCACGCCCGAAGAACGCGGAGCCCAGCGAGACGCCCAACAACAACAACAACACGGUGGAUGCGCCAUCGGGCACUGAGAACAAGCGAGAGAACAGCCAGACAAACAAACACAGCAACAAAAAGACGCGGGACGACGACCUGAAGGUCUAG